GUCACACUUUGCGACCAAUCGUCAGAAUAAAUCGCCAGAGAGAGCAGACCGAUGGCUGCCGUCGUUCAGCGUCAACUACGUUAGACAUUGUUUUUAUCCGACUGCAGGUUUAGCGGAGUGGUGCUAUGUCUUCGGGAAUGACUGGACAAACACCGUGCCUAACCAGCCGAUGGGAUCAGCCAGCCCAACCUAAACAGAGUGUGGAUGUAAGGCAGCAGAGGAGCAGUCAAAAUGCAGGCCACCCUGUGUCUUUAUCAGGAGUUGUGGGCACUGCAGGUUCAAACAGUACAGUGUCCCAGCCGCCACAGACGGGAGAAACGCCAGCGCCCCAGGGAGGAGUUGAAAUGGCUGCGGCGAUGGCUGCUAAAAUAAAUGCCAUGUUGAUGGCGAAAGGAAAGCUGUUGACUCCUCCGCCGUUACUUGCAAAGACCGCUCCAAGUGUGCCUGUGCCAGCCGCUGCAGAAGAGAUGGUGGUCACGGAGGUCGACAUAAACGACGUACCGCUAAAUUGCAGGGACCUUCUUACUAAAGGCAAAACACAGGAGGAGAUCCGACAGUUUAGUGGAGCAGUCGUCUCAACAAAAGGCCAUUUCAUGACCGAAGCUGAAAAGGGUAAAGCAGGACAAAGACCUUUGUAUUUGCAUGUCCAGGGAAAGAAUCAAGAGCAGGUCAAUAAGGCUGUGGUGAGGAUAAAGGAGAUAAUCUCUGAGGACCUGUUAAGGGCCUCAGCAGCGUCAGGACAGCAGGUACCUGUAAUGCCUCCGCUCACCCUCUACCCUCAGCCUCCUCGCCCCGUCAUUCCCACACCUGCGCCGCGGAUGCCCAACACCAACUCAGUGCCAGGCCAGGGACACCGACCUGCGGCUCCUCAUUCAGGGAGUUUUGUGCACACAAAGAUUUUUGUGGGUCUGGACCAGGCUUUGCCCUCAUUCAACGUGAAUGAAAAGGUUGAGGGUCCAGGAGGUUCGUACCUGAGUCACAUCCAGACAGAGACGGGGGCUCGAGUCUUUCUCAGGGGAAAAACUUCUGGCUACAUUGAACAAGCAUCAAAACGGGAGUCUUUUGAGCCUCUUUAUGUCUACAUCAGCCACCCAAAUGCAACUGGAUUGGAGGCAGCGAAGAAACUUACAGAGAGUCUGCUGGAAACUGUGAGAGCUGAACAUGCCCGCAUGGUGUCAAUGUACACAGCCACAGGCUCAACACAACCAUACGCAGCACAUGGAUUUCCACCUAAUAGCAAUUACUCUAGCCAGGGAUCCUGGUAUAACUACCCAGCAAAUGGGUAUGCUGGCGGCUAUUCAGCGUACCCAGGAGCCAGUGGUUAUUGGAGUAAUGCAAAUGGUCCCCCAACUCAUUCUAACAUGUCGACAAACCCUCCAUCUUCUCAGGCAAUGGUUCAGUAUCCGGUGUGUCCUAGGAAACCGCAUCCCUAUCUCGUCCAGGAUCCUGGCAGCAGUGAGACAGUGGAGCCUGAAGGAUCUUUAAACCCCCCCGCUGAUUCAGGAAGUCCCAAACGUCAUUUCCAGGAGGGGGCUAAGGAGGAACAGUCUACCAGCAGCUCUCCAGAGGGUCCUGCUCAUCAGGAGUCUGAACGUCCUGCCUCCUGUGUUGAAGAGGAGAAAGUAGUAGAAAGGAUUCUGAUGCCUCCACCGCCACCUCCCUUUGUGCUACCUGCCCCUGUUGCACGCAAACGGACGAGAGACGCGGUAACAGAAGAUCCAGUCAGUCUGCCUGUCAGCAGCGCUUCAAUGGGUGUUAAAGAGGAGGUGUGCGAGAAGAAGUCUAAAGUGGACGAAGAUGCAUCAGGGCUAGUGCCCUACGGAGGAGAUUCCUCCGAUGAAGAGGAGGAGAGGAUACGCAGCAGUAAGACCGAUAACUCAUAACCCCUGUGUUGCCCCAUCCCCACUGCCCAGGAUCCCCACAGACCCAAAAUCUACAUUUAGUAUAUUAAAACAGUUCUCAAAUCCCAUAAAAGGAAAAAUCCACUCUUGCAUUAUCACACAGAGUUUUAGGACUAUACCAGUGUUUUGCCAUGUUUUACCUCAUUUACUACAAAGAACAAAUUCAUAUUUGACAAUUUCCCAAGCAAGACGUUAAAUACUUAAGUUUGACAUUUUUUUUCUUCCACCCAAGCAGACAUGGACAUCCAUUUUAGGAAUCUAAAUACAGGUCUUUACUGUAUAGCAGAAAAAAGCUAGGCUGCAAAAAAAUCAAACAAACCACUGUUAUGGUCUUUAACUUAUCACUGGUUUCUGGUUUACCGGGUCUUUCCUGGACUUUUAAGGAAGAUGGGUGGGUUUUUACUUUCUUGUCCUGGUGUAGGUUUUGCUUUGUGUACAUCUGUUUCAGUUAGUUUUUUCAUGUUUCUCCCAGAAUGUCUUUCUAUAACCCCACCCAGUGGGUGUGAACCUGUUGGUCUCAGUCAAAAGUGGGCAUUUAAAUAUAUGCCCACCUUUUUUUAAAGCAAAUGUAAAUAUAGAAAUAUAGAUAGCCCGCCAACUAGUUCAUUUUGUGUGUGUGUGUGUGUGUGUGUGUGUGUGUGUAGCCACAUGACUUAAAGUGCAACACAUCUUGUGGCUACAUGUCAUUAGGAAAUUUUGAGGCUAUGGUUUUAGAAAUACAAAUCUUUUCUACUGUUUUUCUCCGUUGUGUUAUUGCUGUUAUUUUUUUUUGACUGUAAAAUGUGCACUUGCCAAUCUCUUACAUGGCAGAGAAAUCUUCUGUUCACAAAACAUAUACCACUAUCAAACAAAAUUGCCACUUUUUAACAGUGUGUAAGUAUUCAGGGUGGAUUUUUCCUUUUUAAGAUGUGAAUACAAAUGUAUAAUAACUACAAGUGGAUUUUCUUUCUUAAAACACUUUUAUUUCAUUUUUCAAAGCAUCUUUUGGUUUAUCAGAAACAAGCCCCUUAUUUCCUUUUUUGAACUGAAACACUUGGUCUGCUGCAGUUGCUGAUGGUAUAAAUACAUAUUGUAAAAUUCAGUGAAACUUUUCUUAUAUUGGAAAAUGGUGUAUGCCUGUUCCCAUGGAAUACUAUAAUAAAAAGAACUGAAAACCC